AUGGCCAAACUUGGAAUUUCCCUUAACCUACUCUAUAUUAUAACCAUCUAUUCGGUCCUUGGGCUUUACUUGCAGAUUCAAAACUUGAUCUUUCCAACAGUACCGCAAUGCCUCGAGGCAAUGCACAAUCAUACCCUGAAAUAUCAUUAUGGGAUUGAGCCCACUAAACAACUCGUUUCUUUCAUGAACAGCUCCAUGAUGCUUGGAUCGGGAAUAGUGCUUCUUAUUUCAAUCUUCACCAUUCUGCCAAUUGCGGAGACCAAAGGACGGAAAUUUGUUUGUGUUUACCUACGAUUUUUUGUCGGCUUCUUCACAAACUUUCUCAUGCUUGUGGCAUCGAUAAUCCAAGCUUCCGAGCUCUACAUGAUCGGCGAAAUAUUUGCUACCGUAAUGGUGCCAAUUGUCUAUGUCACCUUUGUCUACAUUGGCGAAUGUGCUCCUGAUGCGAAGCGAGGAUUUGCCUCAACUUCAUUGGCUGUCUGUGGUGUCGUGGCUCAUCUCUUGAUGUAUUCGACGUCUUCACCAAGUCUUCUUGGUGCACCAGACACGUGGUUCGUUUAUCCGUUCGUCUGCUUUCUUGGAUCGAUUGCGUUAUUCGUUACCACUGUUGGCUUGCCGGAAUCCCCGAAAUGGCUAGUGAGAGUCGGAAAUAAUGAAACGGCAAGACAAGCGAUUCGCUUCUAUCAUGGGACAGAUUGCGAUAUUGAUGAGGUGUUAGUUUCAAUGAUUCGCGAGAAAAAUUUGACACGAGCGAAUCAAUUGACUCUGCGACAAAUUUGGAAUGAUGAUACAUUGAGAGAAGCGCUCAAAUUAAUUAUAGUAUUCCAAAUAUAUAAUAGCACAAGCCCAAUAGUAGUUGAGAGAAGUUAUACAAUACUCCUUCAGACAUCAUUAGGAUUGACUAUUCAAGAGGCCCUCAAUCUCAAUUUGCUGAUUGUAAUCGCCAUGUUUCCAGCCAGAUUCAUUGCCCCGCUACUCAUCGACAAGAUUGGAAGAAGAGCAUUGCUCUUUUUUGCGGCUCUCAUUAUGUAUUUCAAAUUGUUCGUGAUGCUCGUCGCUCAAACUCUAGCAUUCUUCUUUGGCGGAAGCCUUCUGACAAAACUUUUGGUAUAUCUCAGUGAGUCCUUGUCUGAAAUUUAUGCCUCAAUUAUGACUAUUGCAAUUGCGGCUCUUCUGAUUUCCGAGCUUUUCCCUCCUUCAGCAAGAACAGCGGUUUUCAAGCUUUACAUGAUCGCAGGAAUUGUGUCGACGGCACCACUGACCUUGAUAUUCCCAAUAAUUAAUGUCGUUUUCCCACCGGCAUUCUAUAUUCCAAUCAUUGUCAUCCAGCCGAUCAUUAUCAUUUACCUAUAUCGUUACUUGCCCGAAACCAAAGCCAAACCAAUCGCGGACAUUGUCAGCGAUUUCGACAACGCGGUUUCAUCUCGAGCAUCGUCGAUUUGUAUGGAAAAUACGCCGCUUCUUAGAAAACGCGCAAUGACCUUGCAAGCCUCCAUCUACGAUUCAUUUCUGUGA